GUGAUAGAUAUUAUUAGCCAAAAGAAGAUUGUCUUUUUUGUUCCCUUUGUGUUUUUUUUUUUUUUUUUGAUAUUGAUAACAUUGAGAAUAGCAAGUUGUUUAGUUUUUUGUUCCAUUUAUUAUGGUUGAUCAACUGUCGUUUCCACAACAGAAACACCUAAAUCAUCAUUUGUCAUUCGAAGGUGAUGAUGCUAUAUGCAAGGAAAUGUGGAAGGCCUGUUCUGGUUCAAUAUUGGAUGUUUCAAAGGCUGGGGAGAGAGUGUACUACUUUCCAAGACUUCAUAUGGAGCAGCUGGAGCAAUCAACCAAUCAGGAAUUGAUUGAAAGAAUACAAUUGUCCAACUUGCCCCCAAAGAUCCUUUGCCGUGUUCUUCACAUUCGCUUUCUGGUUGAACACGAGACAGAAGAGGUUUAUGCUGAGACCAUAUUAUUGCCAAAUCAAGAUCAAAAUGAGCCAACAGCUCCGGAAUUUAGUGCUCUUGACACUCCAAGGCCCGAGUUUCAAUCGUUUUGCAAGGUCUUAACUCAAUCUGAUAUAAAAUGCAAUUGGGGACUGUCCGUGCCCCUCAAAGAUGCUGUCAAAUGCUUUCCUCCCUUGGACAUGGCACGAGAAAAACCAUGCCAAGAACUGAUAGUUAAGGAUCUUCAAGGCUAUGAAUGGCGCUUUAAACAUUCAUACCAAGGCAAACCAAGGAGGCAUUCGCUCACAAGUGGCUGGAGUACAUUCGUUACUAGAAAGAAAUUGCUUGCCGGGGAUUUAGUUGUCUUCUUAAGGGAUGAAACUGGCAAACUACAUGCUGGGAUUAGACGUUUAUCUUAUCAACGCUGUUCUGUUGGAGCAUCAACAUUUUCAAGACAAAGCAUGGAAGGGGUUCUUGCAGUUGCUUCUCAUGCCUUUGCAACCCGAAGUCUCUUUUUCGUCUACCACAAGCCAUGCUACAAUAAAUCAAGUCAAUUUAUUAUGAGCAUGAGCAAAUAUUUUGAAGGUGGAAACCACGGGCGUGGAGUUGGCAUGAUAUCUAGAAUGCAACACGGAGGGGAGGACUCUCAUGCGAGAAGAACAAAUGAUUUGGAUCUUAUGCUUGAGGAGGAUCAAUACAUGCAAGACGCGCCCAACUCUGCUCAACCUACUAUGAUGGCGCUGGAGAUCAGGCAACAGCCAGUUCAAUGGCUUAACAAUAUCCAUCGGUUUGCCCCUGUAGAGGACAAUGUACUGCAAUUGCAAACAGCAGUUGUAAGGGUAAAUAAUGAGGGAUCUUUUCCAAGUGGAACUGUAGCCAUCCAACCUCAAGAUCAGGACUUUUAUGAGCUAUUCAAGGAAAUUGACUUUGCAGACUCUACAAACACUAGUCUUGAUAUUGUACCUUUGGAUUGGAAUAGUGAUUGGUUCAGACCAACCAUACAAGAUUUCGAUGAAUGGCUUGAAGAGCAGGAAGAGACUAUUCCUCCCGGUCAGCAGACUUCUUCCAUAUCGGAGCAUCCAACUUCCUUCCAAGAGAUGUCUAUCUCUUCUACCCCAAGUCAAAUUCCCUACGAAGGACCUGGUCGCGGGGACGAGCAAGUUCCUUGGGGAGGCUAUCAAGUAGCACGGCGAUGUUUACCAAUACUCAGUAGGGUUGUCUCGCGGUACCCUGAUUCGCUGGUGAACUUCAGGGUCGCAAAUAGCAUACUUCAGUCAGCAUAUUUGGAAAUUUGGGCAGAGUUAGUCUACUUUCUUGAUAAUCUUAAAAUAGUGAACUUGUCCAAGGAUCAGUUCAAUGUUGCUAGGCAACAUAUGUGGGACUUAAAGUUAAGUGGCAUUGAAAUUGGCUGGCUUGAAAAGCGUUUACUGCGUAUCGAUGAUGUAUUUAUCAUGGAAAGUUUACUGCAACGGCGACAAGCACUCACACGUACAAUGGAGGACACGGUAGGACAAGCACUCACAUGUCCAAUGGGGGAGAUGUUAGGACAAGCACUCACACGUACAAUGGAGGAGGCGUUAGCUACAUUUAGACAGCUGGAUGAGGAGCUUGGAUGUAUAAACAAGGAGCUUCAUAAAUUAUCUCUGAAGGUUGGCCCAAAUCCGCCUAUGAGAUACCAACCUGUCUUGGAGGGUCUGUUGUAGAUUUAUGUUAGUAACUUUAUCCUUUCUAUUUGACUGCAUGACAAGGAGAAAAGGCCAAACAUAGUCCACUAUAUCUUUGGACGUAGGCUCAAAAUGAUCGUAUUUC